UGUGCUUUAUACUUAAUUCCUCAUCUGUCGCUGUCCAUCUUUACAGUGAACCCGAACUCCAGAAGCAUUAGCUGCAACUUCACGGCAACUACCAGAACUUCUUACACGUGCCCGCAUUAGCAUCUCAUUGCCGGAACCAUCGUCACUCAUCUCAAUCGACACGUGAAAGUCCCUUCUACAGUACAUAAGAUACAUCAGCCUUUCACCCCUCAGCACUCCCAGGCAAAUUAGUAUACAUCCAUUCAUCUCACCAACAACUGCCUACCAAACACAAUCAUAAUGGCUUCUCUCGAUUCCGUCCUCCAGGGCGUUUCCGUCUCUGGCAAGGUCGAUGAGAUCCACCGGAAGAUCCUCACUCCUGAGGCUUUGGGUUUCCUUGCUCUUCUGCACCGCUCCUUCAAUGAGCGACGCAAGAACCUGCUUGAGCGCCGCAAGGCUCGCCAGGCUGAGCUUGAUCGAGGUGUUCUACCCGAUUUCCUUCCUGAGACCAAGCACAUUCGCGAAAACCCCACAUGGAAGGGUGCCGCUCCGGCCCCCGGUUUGGUGGACCGUCGUGUUGAGAUCACCGGCCCCACUGACCGGAAGAUGGUUGUCAACGCGCUGAAUGCCAACGUCUACACUUAUAUGGCUGAUUUUGAGGAUUCAAGUGCCCCUACUUGGGACAACAUGAUCAACGGACAAGUCAACCUCUACGACGCCAACCGUCGCCAAGUCGACUUCAGUCAAGGACCCAAGGAGUACAAGCUUCGUACCGAUCGUAAGCUACCCACUCUGAUUGUCCGUCCUCGUGGCUGGCACCUUGAAGAGAGGCAUGUCACCGUUGAUGGCGAGCCUAUUUCUGGUUCUCUCUUCGACUUCGGCCUGUACUUCUUCCACAAUGCUUUCGAGACACAGCGCCAGGGCUUCGGUCCUUAUUUCUACCUCCCCAAGAUGGAGAGCCACCUUGAGGCACGUCUUUGGAACGAUGCCUUCAACCUUGCCCAGGACUACAUUGGCAUGCCCCGAGGUACGAUUCGAGGCACUGUCCUUAUUGAGACCAUUCUUGCCGCUUUCGAGAUGGACGAGAUCAUCUACGAGCUCCGUGACCACAGCUCUGGACUUAACUGCGGUCGAUGGGACUACAUCUUCAGCGUCAUCAAGAAGUUCCGCAACAACCCCAACUUUGUCCUUCCUGACCGUUCCGCUGUCACCAUGACUGUGCCCUUCAUGGAGUCAUAUGUGAAACUCCUUAUCCAAACUUGCCACAAGCGAGGCGUUCACGCUAUGGGCGGCAUGGCUGCUCAGAUUCCCAUCAAGAACGACGACGCCGCAAACGACAAGGCCAUGGAGGGCGUCCGCGCCGAUAAGCUUCGUGAAGUUCGUGCUGGCCAUGAUGGCACCUGGGUUGCUCAUCCCGCUCUGGCCAGCAUCGCUACCGAGAUCUUCGACAAGCAUAUGCCCACUCCUAACCAGCUUUUCGUACGCAGAGACGAUGUCACCAUCGGCCAGAACGACUUGCUCAACAUGAACGUCCCAGGCACCAUCACAGAGGAGGGUAUCAAGAAGAACCUCAACAUUGGUCUCGGCUACAUGGAGGCUUGGAUUCGGGGAGUGGGAUGUGUUCCCAUCAACUACCUUAUGGAGGACGCUGCCACAGCCGAAGUCUCUCGCAGUCAGCUCUGGCAGUGGGUCAAGCAUGGUGUCAGCACCGCCGAUGGCAAGCGUGUUGACAAGUCGUAUGCUCUGAAGCUUCUCAAGGAGACUGCCGACCAACUUGCUGCCUCUGGCCCCAAGGGAAACAAAUACCACCUUGCCGCUCAAUACUUCUCCGGUCAGGUUACUGGCGAGGACUAUGCUGACUUCCUUACAUCGCUUCUAUACAACGAGAUUACUCAAGCUGGACCCCCUAGCCCUGCUUCGAAGCUAUGAGCGGAACCGGAACAAACAAAAUGGAUAUGAGGAGUCAAAUCAAGCAUUUCAUAAUUGCGUGCAUUGUAUAACGAAGGGUUUCUUUCCCGGCCAUGAUUUAAUGAUAUCAUAAGUUGUUUUAUUGUUGUAUUUAGUUUCACAAAUUGGAGUCCAUCUAUUGAUGCUAA